AUGGCCACCGCCAUCACAAUCCAAGCCACUUCUUCUGGCCCGGCAGCUGCUGGCGUGCCCCUAACCGCUGCUGACCACCGCUCUCUCCUUCGACAACACCACCGAAUGAGCUCGACAUCGUCGCCCGUCGCCUCUCUCACAAACUCUCCAUCAACAUCGUCAGCAUCGUUCUCCGCCAUCACGACGCCCACAACCAGCACAUCGCUCGCAGGCGUCAUAUCCUCCCGCGGCCCUGCCGGCCGCGAUGGAGUCAGCUGUGACGCCUGCCUUUUUAGAAAAAGUCGGUGUGCCAUGAAUGAACUGGUCAACAAAUGCUACUCUUGUGAAUUCCACCGGCAGGAUUGUACUUUUACUCUAGCAAACAGUAAUCAUCCGUCGGGUGACCUCGGGUCCCCGCAGUCGAAAAAGAGAAAGUUGGAGGACUUGACAACAGACUCAAACAAAAGGCCGUCAACGGAUAUUGUUCGACCAGCAGAGUCUACUGUAAAAGAAAUGGUGCCACCAACCACAAGCGCCAGUGCAUUGGCAUCGCCCAGGCUGUCUUACCAGUCCAGUCAACAUAUCGGACUGACGACUGAGUUAGAACCAAUUCUCUUGGAGCACCUACCCCUAGACAACAAUGAGGAAAGCUUACUUUCUUCGACGCACAAAAUACGCCGAUUUACCGAAGAUGGCACGUUCAUGACAAUUAUGGACAACGGCGUCAAAGAGCCUUCAACUAUUUCACUGGAUGCCAUCGAAACAUUAGUUGCACCCUAUGGCUCAACGUUGGUAGACAAGUUCUUCCAAAAGAUCCACCCCGUUUUCCCCAUUUUGAUGGAAGACUCUUUCCGACAGUCAUACCGCACACGCAAAGGCCUUUCUCCUCUUCUCCUCGCCGCUGUAUACACAUUGACUUUGAAAUACCUUGAAUUUGAACCCGCCGCUCGAACGGCCCGCAAGCCGGAUGUCAAGAAGAUGGAAGACACCGCUAUGAAGUUGUUGACGGAAUCUCUUCCUCGCGCUGAUAUCACUGCAGUUCAAGCAGGUCUACUGAUAAUGCAACGCUCCUCCCUCAACACCUCAUCUUUGAACGGACAACUGGCAACAGCCGCCUUCGAACUCGGUUUACACCAGGACUGCUCAAAUUGGAAGAUUCCGGCGGCCGAGAAGGGUCUUCGUAGACGCAUGGCUUGGGCUUUACAUACACAGGACAAAUGGUCAUCGCUUGUUCACGGCCGGCCAUCACAAAUGUCAGCUGCAAACUGGACUGUGCGUGAUUUGGUGGAAGAGGACUUCAUAGGAGCCUUUCCGACCUCCACCACACGAGACGAUGGUAUUCCAGUGCUUGGACACGGUCCACUUCUCUUCUGCCAGCAUGUCUCUUUGACAGCUAUCUUAGCUGAAAUCCUCGAUACAUUCUAUACCUUACGUGCUGCGGAACAAUUUUCAGCUGCCGGAAGCAACAAAACGCGUCACAUUUUGGAGAAAGCAAAGCCUGUACAGAUCCGGUUGAAAGAUUGGUUUUCCCGCCUCCCAACAGAAAUGAAAAUGGAUUCUUCUUCUGGUUCGGAAAUCCUCUUCGAUGAGGUGACUGAAGAUUCUGCCUCCAAUGGCGCGUUACACGUUGCGUAUUUUGCUACGGAAAUCACUCUCCACCGAUGCAUCAUUCGCUCCCUGAGCACGGAGACUGCCGACAAUUACCUCUCACAUAUUUGCCGAUCGGCUGCAAAGACCCGUCUGAUCAGCGCUAUGGAUUUUGUCAACCGCCUACGUCCCGCCCACCUCCAAGCUUUCUGGCCAGGAUCCUCUCGCACAAACUUUGCUCUUAUCGGCUCGUUUGGCACAUUACUCCUCGCCACAGCGCCCACAAAGGAAGAAGCUGAAUUCUACCGUCAGCGACUUGCAGAGUAUAGAUGGACACUCAGCGUCAGCGUCAAAAAUGCACAAUUCCUGAAACACGCCAUUGAGUCUCUAGACAUGGCGACAUCGUUGGCACAGAAUGUGCCUGAAAAGCCCGGCAUCGAAGAAUUGAUGGCCAGCAUUGUUGCAGCUAAGAAUAACUCAAGACGUCGGCAUGGCCAAAAUAAAAUUGGCGACAUGCAUGAUUUCGCGCGCGAUAUUGACACCGGACUCAUCUUAGGUGAAGGGGGUGUUGCCACUUCAUCGGUGGUGAGCGGGUUAGCAUCUCCAGCAUCGAGUCUGAGUGAUGAAGAUGAAAUGAGUGAUUAUGAGGCGGGCGAAGGAUAUUAG